AUGAAUCAAUUCCGUACGGGAGGCCCGCAACGGGAGUUUUUUGCUGGGGCCGAGGAUUUGGCGGAUGAUGUGUUACGCCGUACCAGACACAUUCUACCGCAUGUUGCACGACUUUGUCUCGUCUCAACAUUUUUAGAGGACGGAAUACGAAUGUGGUUCCAAUGGGAAGACCAACGGCAGUUUAUGCAGGUCCCAAAUUGCUGUCUUUAUUGUUGUGGAGGAUUUUCUGUUAUUGAGUCAUGGUCAUGCGGAUGGUUUCUAGCAAGCCUUUUUGUGAUUUACAAUUUCUUUGGGCAGUUCAUACCUGUCAUCAUGAUAAUGCUGCGGAAGAAAGUAUCGAUUGGAUGUGCUAUUCUUGGAUCCAUUGUAUUGCUCCAAACUGUUGCGUACCACAUUCUAUGGGAUCUAAAGUUCCUUGCU